AUUGGGGGUACCACUGAAAUGCAGUGCGGUACCAUUGUAAUUUUUCAAUAGUAUAAGGGCACCAUUGAUAAUUUCCCAAAAAAAAUCAUGCAAACAUAAACAUCAAAUAAAGUAGACAAUCCAUAGAGGCUAAAAAAAAAGUAGACAAACCCAUCGGCCAUAUCUGCCUCUCUAUCAUCUAUCUCCUUCAUUUCUAAGUACCCAUAUUCCUCUGAAUGUCAAGUCUCUGGCAAGCAGCACUGAACCGGAUCACAGGGACCGAUUCAAUCGGAUCCACUCCAACUUCAGACUACGAUGGAAUCCAAUUCUGGAUCGAACCCGAACGAACUGGGUGGUUAACCAAACAAGGUGAGUACAUCAAAACAUGGCGUCGUCGUUGGUUUGUCUUAAAACAAGGAAAACUGUUUUGGUUCAAAGAAUCUAUCAUCAAUCGAACAUCUAAACCGCGUGGUGUUAUUCCGGUUUCUACUUGUUUAACCGUUAAAGGUGCUGAAGAUGUAUUGAAUCGGCAAUUUGCUUUUGAGCUUUCAACACGGUCUGAUACCAUGUAUUUUAUUGCUGAUUCCGAGAAAGAGAAGGAAGAUUGGAUUAAUUCUAUUGGUCGCUCUAUUGUUCAACAUUCAAGGUCUGUUACUGAUAGGGAAAUUGUUGAUUAUGAUAAUAAUAAUUGAUUGUUGAAUGAGUGGAUUAAUCAAUGUUUUUGUGUAUUUGAGUUAAUUUAUUGUUUUACUUUUCUGAAUCGUAUAUGGAAUUUGUGCUUCAUGUUAUGAGUAAUUGGUUUGCAUUUCUUUGAUUAUGGCGUUAAUUUUGAUGGUUUUGGUGAAAUUUGAUCAAAUCUAUGGUUUAUUCUCAUACUGAUUCUUGAAUCUCUUUUAAUUUUAGACCUAAACAUUGAAGAUUAGAUGAAUUGAAGAUUUUUUUUUAGAAAUAUGUCGACUAGGAACUAAAAUGAAACUGUUCAUGGAAAGAAAUGAGUGAAUUUAACAACCAAAUGAGCAGUUAUUAAAUAUUGAAUCUGAAAGUUCUGAAGAAUUUGUUUCUGUUGAUAGAGCAUUUAUUGGAUUCUUGUUAUCCUUUAUCCUCAUGUAAUGAAAGAAAGUUGUCAAUUUGACUAUAAUGGAGAUUUCACGUGGUGUUGCAACCUCGAUCAAGACAUCCCCUAUGCACUCCCCCCUUCUUGCCUCUUUAUUGCUCCAUCACCAUUGACACAUCUUCUCCUUUGCAUUUUCAUCAUUCUUAUCAAUGAUGUAUACCAUUGAAUGAGCUACCAAAUGAAAAGAAGCCAAGUAUGCGCAUACAAGCAAAAAGAUCAAAACUCUUGAUUGAACUAAGCAUAAGCAUAUAGAGUGAUAAAAAUGGUGUCUUGGCCACCUACUUAAUUUUCAAAUAGUACUCCUUCUGUUUCUUUUUAAAUGUUCUAUUUAUUUUUGGUUACUAUUUAUCAAUCAUUCUUAAUUUGUAUUUUAUUUUUAAUUCUCACGUUAAAAUACAGUCAAAUGAGAUCUUGUUUGAUUCGUCUCAAACUCUCAAUAUAAGGUUUAUUAAUAUAUAUUUUUAAUAUUUUUUUAAUUAUACAUAAUUAUCUAUAUUAAUUAUUGAGUUAGGAUGUUGACAACAGAUGAAGUACUAUAUUGAAAUAGAUGAAGUACUAUAUUUUACUAAAAGAUUUCAUUAAAAAAUUCAACAAUACAUUAAUAAAAUACCACCAAGAAAUUAUAAACUCGUCACUUGAUAUAAUAGAGAUUUCACGUGGUGUUGCUGCCUCGAUCAAGACAUCUCCAAUGCACCCCUUUUCUUGCCUCCUUAUUGCUCCAUCAUCAUGGCACUCAUUAUGCGCCUUCAAAAGUUAAUUUGACUCUUGCUCUAAUAGUAAUGCAAGUGGCAAUUGUAGCCAUGACCU